AUGGACGCGUACAUCGCAGGUUUGAGUGGAGAUAGUGUCGAGGAUACAGAACCGCAAGCUCAGGUCCACUUCACCACCUACGCAAGAUUCCGCAAGCAAGUCUCUCGUGCCCUUCGGAAAGCGCGGCGUCAGAGUCGACCUGCAACUGUCCUAGCCGCAUUGGAUAGCACGACCAAAGCCCUGUACAUGAUCGAUCCGCCCGGAAAGAAGGACUUGUCCUACUCCAGCCUUCAUCGACCUAGUCCCCGCAAAUGGGACAGAGAGGAGCAACGAGAAGAAUCCGAAAACCAGCUUCGCGAACCUGUUUCACUGUAUUCCAUCCUUGCGCGAUACAUCAGACACCAUGCGUCGGUACCACGCCUCGAAGAGAAGUUUGAGUACACGUCGUUGGAACUAGAUCUACUCAGGUCCCGAGGCUAUAGCCCGGAAAGUGUAAGAAAUUGGGCGCUGUGUCUAGUCGAACCCAGAUCUCGGGGGGCCUCCAAGAUCUUCGAAGCUAGCGAAGAAAUGCCGCCCCUCUUCAUACUCCUUUUGUUUCUACGUCGAAAGAUCAUCCGUGUGUCUGCUCUGAGUGUUAUCAUGACGCAUAUUGAGUAUCGGUUAAAAGUGGAGCCAAUCGUCUGGGAUGUCUUCAAGAUCUUGGUGAUUCGUCUACUGCGGCACGCACGCCUAUCAUGGCCAGAAUCAAUGCCCUGGAUCGCGUCACUAUACACCGCAGAGGCAACACGGCUGCAUAAUGAGCAGUUCGCAUUGACUUCGCAAUCGCCUCGUCUUAUCCUCGAUCUUACCAGGUUCUGCAAUACUAUUUUGAUGCUGCUCUCCAUACCCACCAGUAGCCAUCCGAUUCAUUGCGCAAAGCUCCAGGAAAAGGCGCAAUUUGAGGUUCUACAAUGCAUGGCGAGCUGUUCACCAGCGAUUGUGGUGACCAGGCUAGGUUUCCAAGCAGUGGCAAGGAACCAAUUGGCGCAUCCAAAGACCCAGCAGGAGAGAGAAUGGGCCGAGCUCAAGGGCUCCUCGUGGCCUCCUUGGAAAGAAAACCGCACAGCCAUGGAUGAAGAAAAGGGUUACGAGUUUGGCGCUUCUAGAGCUUCCAAGAUCCUCCACCGCAUGUUUGAAGCUGGUUACGGCGGAGGCUACUUGGAAGACCUUGCACAAAUGUAUGCGGGCUGGGAUACGGAUUCUAGUCCCACCAUACAGACUCGGACAUUGGGGCCUGGUUUCCGCACGCAAUCAAGGGACUUUCCACACCUACGCGCACUUCUUUGGGCCGGCCGCAUUCGCACCACACGAACAAGGCGGGAAGCUUGGGCUUGCUUUCUUUCCCACGAGCUAAGCAAUGACCAAGGCCACCAGGAACUGUAUCAUGCCAUGUUCGAGAAGUUGCAUCAUGCUACUGCGGAGCGCGUGCCUCAUCGUGACUUCAAUUCAGACUCAGAAUCAAAGGAUGAGGAGGAUGAGACCACGAAUCUGUUGCCUGGAGAUGUCCUAGAAGUUCUGCCUGAUCCUGUAUCGCCAUUGCAUUAUGUCUUCCUCAGCGAACCAGUACCGACGUACAAAGAGCUCUUGCGCCGUAUGCAAGCAUCCACUGUGCGACCGUCACGUCGUCUUCUUGCAUUUCUGUUGGAAUCAUGUCCCGAUUUCGAAACUGGUCUUGACAUCAUAGGCAUGGCCCAGGAUGGACCUGAUGGGGCACUUAAUCGCCUUGCUGCCGGAUUUCACCUCGAUGACAAGCUCGGUCAGUCGAUGCCUGGCUACCUCUUCGCGGCUUUCAUUCGGCUGCUGUGUCGCUUUGGUCGCUACGAACGAACCCAUGCAGCGCAGCUAACUUUGCAUCCACCCCGGGAACAUCAAUAUCGGUUCUCAUUGGACCGUCAGUACCUACUUGAAUACGCAUAUGCACUACUUAUACACUACAAACCAAGGUAUCGCCCCUCGUGGACAGCCUACAUGCAAAAACUUGUGCAACACAAAAGCGGCCAGCUUGCUGGCAAUGUCAGCCGUUACAAGAUCGUUUGCGAGGUCAUCGAACGAAUGGAGCAGAUCGAUCUCGACAUUGAUGACGAGUCAUUCCUACUGGCCUGUACGGCAACAAUAUACGCAGUCCAAAGCAUUGAGCAAGGUCUUGCCUCGCGCGAGGAAGAGCAAUACCUUUUCACGACUGGCUCAGCUCGUCUUCGCACCUUGUUCACUGAGUUGGUCUCCACCAGCCUAGAUACCCAACCUGUCCGAGGCAGCUCGCUUCCGAUCCCAGCACAUGUCCCUGGGCCUGCCCAACUUCACGCUUACGUUCGCGCAUUGGGCCUUCUUCGAGAUUACGAGGGUCUCUAUUCUUUUUCAACAUGGCUUGCCAGGCACAAUGCUGAGGUCACAGCUCGCGCCGAGGCUCAACACUCGGGUAGAAAAAUGCUGUUCAGGACACUUGUGGCGUUACGCGUUGCUGUAGACGGGACGGAACAACGACCAGGAGCUCCAGCGGAUAUUUCGCAUCUCAUCAGAGCGCAAAUUGAACUCGUCAAGGAGUGGGGUGGGUGGCCAGCGCGCGAGUAUGUUGACAUGUACAAUCAGGGGCAUUUAAAGUCUACGAUGCCGUUGAUUGGUGGACGAUGA